CACGAGCCAUCCACAGACAAAAGAUCCGGACACCGCCUACCGCCGCUCCUUCUCCGGGAUCGCCAUGUCUCAGAAGGUGAAGUACAAUGGCACCAUCUUCGAGCGGCGGCAUUUAGCCGCGGCCCAGAUGGCCAAGGACAUGCUCUCCCUCGGCGAUCCUCUCAUGCGCAGGUUGGCGACGGGAGCCUUGAGUCAUCUUGGCCAAGGUGAAGCCCUGAGACAUUGCCAGGACUUUGUUUCGGCUCUAAAGGAUCAAGAUCGAGGAGUGCGAUAUUGCGCGGUGGUCUACUUGGCCUUCGCCCGAAGCUUCUCAGGGCCCUCUCCAGUGCAAGAGCAUACGGCGGAAGUGGCAGAGCUCUUGAAGGAUGAAGAUCCAGGCAUUCGCUAUUGGGCGCUGGAGACCUUGGCGAACCAGGGCUUUGCCAGUCAGCCGCAAGCGCAGCAGCUCCUGGCCGCCUUGGAGGACAUCGACCCCCACUGCCGCUUAGCAGCCGCCAAGGCCGUUGCCAAGGUCACCCCGGACGAUCUGCCGCAGGCUGCCGACGUACUGGUACGGUCUUUGGACAUUGAGGAGCCGGAAAUCUUUCGCAAGAGUGCUGCAGAAGGCCUGGGAUACAUGGGAAUUCAAGCGAUGAAGUAUCUUCCUCGUUUGGUCCAAGUGCUCACAGACCGAUACGCCUUAGCACGGGCUGCAGCAUGUGGGGCCAUCGGACAACUCGGCGCCGAGGCGGUCCAGCAGUGUUGUCGCCAGUUGGCGCCAUGCUUGGAGGAUGAAGAUCUGGACGUCCGGCUGAAGGCCUCCGAAGCCUUGCAGUUGCUGGACCUCCCAACGGCGCUCGCCUCCCCGGUGGCGCGGCUGCGCUGGUGGGGUGCCGAGCAGGCCUUCGAGCGCCCGGAUGUGGAGCUGGCCGAGGCCUUAGCAAGCUUGCUGCAGGAUGAGACGAAGGAGGUCCGUGCCGCCGCCGCCUGGGCGCUCAGCGCCUUGGGCGAGACAGCUGCGGAGUACAUGGCCUUGGUGACCUCCGCGGUCAAGGACGAGCAUCCGGACGUGUGGCCUCCGAUCCUGCGAAUCAUCUCCCGACACCUGCCCGAGGCGCUGCCCGAAUCGCUGGGAGAGGUGGUCCAGCAUGUGACCUCCAGCGAGGCCCACAGGCGUUUGCGGGCCAUCGAGGCCCUGGGCGCCGCUCGUGAUGCCUCGCUGCCCUACUUGGAGCCCGUGGUGAAAGCCUUGGAGGAUGAGGACGUGACCGUGCGGUUGGCCAGUAUGGAGGCCCUGCACUGUGCCGGGAAGCGCGGUGUGCGCAAGGGCGAUAAGGUUCUCGCGAAGCUGGUAAAGGAGGAUCCAGACUCGCAGGCGGGAUGCCUUGGCCCUGCUUCGACACUACAUGAUCGCUGGGAAGUUUGGCCCCGACGGCGUCUUCUGAGAGUUUUUUCUGUCCGACGUCGUUUUGGGGUUUGCCCGAAGGCUGCGACCCCGAUCCCGGUUCCGGGGUGGAGCGAGCCGUGAAUUGCAGGAUGCGCAGAUGGUGGUGGAAGUGGCAUUGGUUUUUCCAGUGCCACUGAGGGUGAAAGGGAAGCGCGGUAACAUGCUUCCCUUGGCAAAACCUCCAUUGAAUUGAUGCUUUUGGACCAAAGUUGUCUGUUUCAGUGGCAGAAGCCAUAGAUUCUGCAAAAUCAAGGAGGUAGUACUUGCUUGCUUUCAAUGUAGCUCGUUUUUGUCUUUCGACCAAUUGCUGUUUUCAAUUGGUCGAAAUUAUGGCACCUUGCAUCGGGCAAAGAAAGCAACAUCACGCAACAUGGUAUUUGAACCUAGUUUCUUGAUGUUUCUUGAUUGAAUCUGGCUCCGCUUGCUGCAAAUGGAUCAUCGCUCCUUGGCAACUUGAAACCAGACGAGACGGGUUGCUUUCAUGUUCGACCAACAUUUAGACCAACAUUGUGUGACUGCCGGGUGGAGGACUUGGUGUUUUCCAGGUCAUUCAGGAGUCUCAUGAAUCCAUGCUGGCUCGUUUUCGCUGUUUGCGGCUCCG